UACUGUUACGAAUGUAUGGAGCCCUUUUCCAGUUAUUAUCUUCGUCAUCGUUAUUUGCCCCCUUUCACACGUUCAAUUGCAUGUCAAGCGACCCUUUCUGGCUAUUCCAUUGGGAGCCGGAAGUGUUGCUAUAUAGUUUCUCAUCGUAGGGGCGAUCCUUUGGAAGGAAGAAAAGAGAGGUCUUUCCGGAAAUUUGUUAUUUUUCAUUUCCGGGUCAGAGGGGGGGGCUGUUCUGUUACCGUUCGUGCGUGGGGAAGAAUCGUGUCGGUUCGCUGCGCGCACGAGGAGUAUGCAGAAGGAAGAGGUGGCGGCGGCUUCGGGAGGCGAGAAGGAAUCGCGGUUCUGCGGGUUGGACGGCAGGCGGAGACCUUAAAGCAGCCCAGGCAGCAGGUCGUGGGAAAGCUCCGAACUUCUGACAUGUUGGCUGCAGAUGAAUUUCUGAGAUCGCCGCCAAGGAAAACAGUCAGAUUUGGUGGGACAUUGACAGACAUCCUGCUGAAAUACCAAAAGGGUGAGACAACUGACUUUGAUUUGUUGAAGCAUCAGCUGUUGGAUCCAGACAUAAAAGAUGACCAGAUUAUAAACUGGUUGCAUGAGUUUCGAUCUUCUGUGACCUACUUGACCAAGGAGUUUGAACAACUAGUCAGCAUCUUGUUGAAGGUGUCAUGGCUGAGAAGAGGUCAGGAUGUGGUAGAAGAGUAUUUGGCUUUCCUGAGCAACUUGGUGUCAGCCCAGACAAUCUACCUUAGACCAUGCCUUGCAAUGAUUGUCUCACAUUUUGUACCACCUCGAAUAACCAUACGUGAGAAUGACGUGGACGUUUCAGACUCAGAUGAUGGUGAAAAUGUUUCUGAAGGCUUUAACACUUGUCAUAGAGCAUUGCAAACAAUUGCGAAAUACGUCCCUUUGACACCACAGUUCCUCAUGUCGGUGCUUGUUGAAAAAUUCCCCUAUGUUAAUAAAUCGGAAAGAACUCUGCAAUGUUACGUGCAUAACGUGCUACGGAUUAGUGGAUACAUCCCAACACUGAGGCAUGACAUUUUGGAGCUGGUUAUUGAAAGGGUAUUAAAGGUUGAUGUGAGUGCCCCAAGAAAAGAUAUUGAAGCUGCUGAAGAGGCUGAGAGCAAGGAGACCACAGAGGAAGGACUCUUUGACAUGGAUGAAGAUGGAGAGAGUCCAGAGAGGAAUAAUGUGAUGGCUCAUCCGAUUGCAGAACGCCUGGACAUCCUGAUGAUUGUCUUGUUUUCAUAUGUUAAAGAUAUCUGCCAUGUAAAUGGGAAGCUUGAUAUUGGCAACAUCAAGGACUUGUAUCGGGAUCUGGUGGCAAUAUUUGAUAAGCUCAUUUUACCGACUCAUGGCUCAUGUCAUGUGCAGUACAUCAUGUUCUACCUCUCUAGCUUCAAACUGGGAAUUGCAGAAGCCUUUGUGGAGCAUCUUUGGAAAAAGCUUCGGCAUCCAAAUACCCCCGCAGUGAUCAGGCAGGCUGCUGGGAACUACGUUGGCAGUUUUUUGGCAAGGGCAAAAUUUGUUCCAAUUCUUACAGUGAAGACCUGUCUGGACUUGGUGGUCAGCUGGCUGCACACGUAUAUCGAUAACCAGGACACGGGGUCAAAGGCCUUCUGCGACGUUGCUCUUCACGGCCCUUUUUAUGCUGCCUGCCAGGCGGUGUUCUAUGUGGUCAUCUUUCGCCACAAGCAAAUCUUGGAUGGCAACCUAAAGAAAGGUUUGGCAUUCCUGCAGAGCUUAAACUUUGAACGCAUUGUGAUGUGUCAGUUAAACCCCUUGAAGGUUUGUUUGCCUUCCAUUGUGAAUUUUUUUGCUGCUCUUACUAGGAAGUAUCAAAUCGCAUUCUGCGACACCAUCAUCGAGAGGAACAGGCGGCAAGUUUUGCCUGUUAUCAGAAGCAGCUGCGGAGGCGACUCUGUAGAGACUUGCACCAACCCCCUGGACAGCUUUUUCCCCUUUGAUCCUUAUAUUCUCAAAAGAUCAAAGAACGUAAUCAGCCCAUUAUAUCAAUUUUGGGAAGAGGCGUGUGCUGAGGACCUCGUCGAGGCUACAGGCGCCACUAAUGAGUGCAAAGGUGAAGAGGAAGAUGACUUUUUGAAAGGCGAAACUCCUCAAAAUGAAGGCAUGAUUGGAUUGAUGCCAGGCUCCUUCGACUCUACUCUUUAGAGUUCAGAACAUUGCCUAGGGUCACCGCCAAUAAUCUCUCUGUAGAUGCCACUCUGACGUUCCAAGAUCACGCAGAUGAAGUCUUUGGGCAAUCAUUUUGAUAGAGAGCGCUCCCUCUUUUUUUAGCAGUUCCUAAACUGUUGAUUUCAUGAACAAUGUUGGUGGCAAAAUUGAAACAAGUGUUUGAAAAUGAUCUUCAACUUGGUUGUGUCUGAAAAGGGGGUGCUUGUAUCAUUUUUUACCAUAUGUAAAAUAAGCUCUAUGGAGAAGUGUCUUUUAGCGUUAUUUCUCAUUUUGGUGUUUCGAUUUGGAAUGGCUCACCUAAUAAAUUAAAUAUACUAAAGCCUAUGAUUCAGAGAACUGUGCUGCUAGUUCUGCAGGUCCAGCCAAGCUUUUGGACUUCCUCCUUGCCUGGCAAAACAUUUACGUUUCAUAAGCUGCUUGCCAUUUAGUGCAAGGAGUUGCUCCUUUAUUGAAAACAAAAAACAGCUUGUCUCAACAACUGUACAUACCUUCAUUAGCUAUUUUGAGUAUUGUUUGGAAUGCUUAGGGGUUUUAUAGCAACUACUUCCAGUAAAAAAUAAGAAUUUUAAA